AUGACUGAAAAACGCCAAUACUUUAUCCAAACUUAUGGCUGUCAAAUGAAUGUGCGAGAUUCUGAAUUAGUGGCUGCACAGUUCGAGAGCCUAGGUAUGUCAGCUGCUGUAGAUAAAGCAGAAGCUGAUGUUGUUUUUGUAAAUACCUGUAGUGUUCGUGAUAAAGCAGAACAGAAACUAUAUUCAGACCUCGGUCGUUUAAAACAAUGGAAACAAAACACGAAAAAAAUUAUUGUUGGAGGAUGUGUUGCACAACAGGAGCGGCAACGGAUUGCUAAACGUGCACCUUAUGUAGAUUUGGUUAUUGGCACCCAUCAAGUUCGAGAUAUCUCACGUCAUGUUAUCGAUAGCGAGAUGGCGGCAGAUACGCAAAUUCGUACGGAUUGGAAGCAUGACGAUCCUUAUCAGCGGUUAGGGAAACCCGAUCCUAUUGUUACAUGUAAACCUUCUGUUUUUGUCACAAUUCAAGAAGGUUGUGAUAACGUAUGUACUUUUUGUAUUGUGCCAUUUACCCGUGGGCGUGAGGUAAGUAGACCACCAGAGGCAAUACUUUCAGAAAUCGAAUCCUAUGUUAAGUUAGGUGCUAAAGAAGUCGUACUACUUGGCCAAAAUGUUAAUUCAUAUGGUCAUAAAUUUUCGGAAUUUCCAACAUUUGCAGAGCUUUUAGCCCAAGUUCACCAGAUAAAAGGCAUACAACGUAUACGUUUUACCUCCCCUCAUCCAAAAGAUUAUGGGCCAGACGUUAUCGAAGCAUACCAAAAUUUACCAAAACUUUGUCCUAGCGCACAUUUACCACUGCAGGCGGGUAGUGAUGCUGUUUUAAAGGCUAUGGGGCGAGGUUAUACAAGUCAGCAGUAUCUUGAUAUUGUUGCUGAUUUAAGACGUGCCCGUCCCGAUAUCCAUUUUUCUACAGAUAUCAUUGUUGGUUUUCCCGGUGAAACCCGUCAAGAUUUUGAACAGACACUGGAGGUGAUGGAAACUGUACGUUUUUCACAAAUAUAUGCUUUUGUUUUCAGUCCAAGGCCUAUGACACCAGCACAUAAGCUUAAAGAUAAAAUUGAUCUUCAAGAAAAAAAAAUGUGGCUGCAAGAACUUUUUGAACAACAACAAAAGAUUCAAACUGAAGAUCAACAAUACUUUCUGAAUAAACAGGUAAAGGUCCUGUGGACUGAGGUCCACGAUGGUAUGUUGAAAGGAAGGUCUGCUCAAGGACGAGUUGUUCAUGCAUUAGGAGAGGACAAGCAUAUUGGUGAGAUUGAUGAUGUCAAGAUUGAGCGGGCAACAGCGAAUGCAUUAUAUGGGUACUUAGUGCCUGCUCGGAAUCAUUAG